AUAAUAUGGAGCUAGGAAAUCCAUGACCGGGCUUUGCGACCAUUUCAACGAGCUCCGCAAAUGAAUAGUAGACCCUGACGGGCCCUGCCUGUCCACAGUUUACGAAGCAGGCAUGGCGAGCGCGGAGGAGGGCGCUUCGCUGGUAGAGGCCAUGGAGGACGCCUCGGCCGCUGUGGCUAUAAGGGACGGUCUUGCCGCGGCUAUCAACAGCGCUUCACCCCACGUCAGGCAAUUUCAGGCCGAGCUGUGCGACAGCGGCGCGCUGCGGCAGCUGUACAACCUGGCGGUACAGCGUCAGCCCAUUGCGUUUGAGGCGCUGCGGCUGCUAGCGUACCGUAACCGCAUCGGGGUGCAGCAGAUGGUCAACCUCGGGGCCAUAGAGCUGCUGGAGCAGAUCCUGGUCCGGGAGGCGCACAGCGGCGCCGCCAGCAUGGCUCUGCAGGCAGCCGCGCUGCAGCUGCUGACCAGCUUGCUGGCGUUCAACCUGGAGGUGCACUCCACAGUCAUGCACACCAAGCUGGUGAAGCGCUUGGUGCAGCUGUGCAGGCCUGGAGGAGCUGACGGGCGCGGGCACGGCCAGAGCAUAGACGGCCGGCCACAUGAUUCAGCCGGGACCGCCGCAGACAUCGCCGGCGGAGGCGCAGCACAGGGCCCAGACACUCCUGGGGCCGGCGACAGCAGCCGCGGCGGCAGCCCGGACGCAGACGGCGCUGCAGGGAGAGAGGGCGGCGAGCGGGAAGGCGAGCAGGGCGAGGCUGCGGAGGGCCACGACUCUGGGGCCGGGAAGCAGGUGACGAUGCACCCGGAUGCGCCCAUCAUCCUGUCCUCGGAGCAGCAGUCCAUGGCGGCGUGCGCGGCGGCGGCGCUACGCAACCUGUGCCACCAGAUCGCCAAUCACCCGGGGCUGCUGGCUGUGGGCGCGGCGCUGGAGCUGGCGGCGGUGAUGCAGCGCGAGCCCGACCCCUACCGCCGCAUCAACGCCACCAUGGCCGUGGCGCUGCUGGUGGGGCAUGAGGAGCAGCACCCGCUGCUUCGCAUGGACGAGGCGGGCAUGAAGGAGAUGCUGACGGUGCUGUCCUGCGCCCGCGCGCGCGUCAUGUGCCAUGGCUACUUCUGGACGUGCUGGAAGGUGUGCCAGGCGCUGGCGCGGCUGAGCGCCAACGAGGACAACAAGCCCAUCCUGACGCGCGAGGGCGGCGUAGGCGUGCUGGCGGAGGUGCUGUGUGCGGAUGAGCACGCGCGCAAGGCCAUCACCGUCAAGUACUGCGUGGAGGCGCUGUGGAACCUGGCCUUCUACGAGCCGGCGCGCGAGCAAAUCCUUGCCCACCCGGCACUGGUGGCCGCCAUCUGCGCGGCGCGGCAGUCGGGCCUGGACCUAGUGCGCGAGGUGGCGCGCGGCUGCCUGUUUACGCUGGGCGUGAACGAGCACGGCCAGCGCCGCGCGCCGCACGUGGCGAACGGCGGGGCCGCCGAUGCAGCCCAACACCACCAGAGCCAGGGCCACCACAGCCGGCAUGGGCAUGGGCAUGGCCACGGGCACGGGCAGGGGCAUCCUGGGGGAGCGUAUGACGAGCCGCCGGCUCACCUGGGCUCGGACGGCAACCCGCAAGCCCACAGCCACAGCCAUGGGCACGGGCAGGGGCAGGGGCACGGGCACGCGGAUCAUCACCAGCAGCACCAGCAGCACCAGGGUCCACCAAGCGGCGGGCCUCAGCGAGGGCCGCCGCGGUGCACCGUCUCCAACCGCCAGGAGCCGCCGGGCUCUGCGGCAAUGGCGGCGGCAGCAGCGGCACAGGCGGGGCCGGGUGCGGGUCUGGAUGGGGAGACCUGGCAGGCGUCUGCCUGGCACGUGCCGUCAGCGGUCCACGGGCGCAUCGACGAGGACGGCGUGACGCUCCCGCCGGCGCUCGCGGUAGCCAUGUCCAGUGUGUGUAGCUCCAUCAUAGCCGGGGCCCCUCCCGGCACAGAGGCGGGCGGCGUCCACGGCCCCUCGCUACAGUCGCACUCGGCACUGCAGCUGCCACUGGGGCUGCCACUACCGUCCGCCGACGCCCGGGCGCGGCGGCUGUCGCUGUCGGCACGCCCGGCGCAAGAUGCGUGGACCGGCUCCGCCGGCGGUGCAGGGCCAAUGCCUCCGCUGUCGCCGCGUGGCGCACACCAGUUGCAGGCCGCUGCUUUAUCGCAGCAGGCGCAGCAACAGCAACAGUCGCGGCCGAAGCUGCAGCGGACGGCGUCGAGCGCCUCCUCGCGGACCAGCACUGUCACCAACGGCCCGGCAGCGGCCAGCACCGGCGCCGCGGCGUUGUCGCCGCCCUACAGCAGCAGCUUGUACGCCCUCACGCCUGCUGCUCAAGCCGGCGGCGGGCUGCAGGGCCACGGCCACAGCCAGAGCCUAGCGCAGAUGUCCACUGCCUCCUCCAUCACCAUGGGCGGCGGCGGCGGCUCGGCCCCCACCGCGCACAUCAUGGUCAGCUACGAGUGGGGCAGCCAGCAGAAGGCGCUGCUCAUCAAGGAGGCGCUGGAGCGUCGGGGCCUCGUCACGUGGAUGGACAUUGAGAAGAUGUCUGGCUCCACGCUGGAGGCCAUGGCGCUGGCGGUGGAGGGCGCGGCGGCGGUGCUGCUGUGCAUCAGCAAGCGCUACAAGGAGAGCCAGGCCUGCCGCGCCGAGGCAGAGUACGCCUACCAGCAGCGCAAGCGCAUCAUCCCCAUCAUGAUGGAGCGCGGCUACAGGCCCACCGGGUGGCUGGGCAUCCUCAUCGGCACCAAGCUCUAUUUUGACUGCUCCGAGCGCCGCCUCAUUCCCGAGCGCAUGGGCGCGCUGGAGCGGGAGCUGGGGCCGCUGGCGCGCCAGUGCCGCCGCCACACCACCAGCACACUCAGCGCGCACGUGAGCGCCAACGCUGGUGGCGGCGGCGGCGGGCCGGGCAGCGUGAUGAGCAUGCGCACGGUGGGUGGAGGUGCAGGCAGCAUGAGUGUGGGCGUCGUGGGCCGGCACAGCCGCCGGACCUCCACAGCCAUGCCCUCGCCGCCGGCGUCUAUGGUGGGCGCGUCGCAGCCGCUGCACUACACGCCGCAGGAGCUGCAGCAGCACACGGCGUCACUCGCGUACCAGAACCAGGCCCAGGGCAGCGCGACGAGCCUGCCGCAGUUGCCCUACCCCUCGCAAGGUCCCGGGCCGGUGUCCAGUCACACCUCGCCGCCGCUGCCCCACCACGCAUGGGGCAGCCAGGUCAGCCUGCACAGCAUGAAGAACAUCCGCUCGCACGCGCAGCACGCGCAUCAGCAGCAGGGGCAGCACACGCACGGCAGCACUCACAGCGCAGGGCACCACCUGUACCCGCACCCGCACCACCACAAGGCGCAUUACAUGCAGUUUGCGGAGGCUGCGGCGCCUGGCAUGCGCAACGGCCCUGCGGCGGCGGCCGCCGCGGCGGCAGCCUUGCAGGGCCGUGGCGGCCUGAUCUCACGAGGGCUGUCACCGCACAUCCCAGAGGAGUCAUCCCUCACAGAGUUGGACCUGUGCAUGGGCGUGGAGCACUCGCCGCGGCCGCAGCCGCCGCGCGGCACACGCGGCCGCAUGUCGCUGGACAUACCUCGUACCCAGGUUGGCGCCUUUGGCGUGGGCGCCUUUGGUGGGGGCGCCGUACCAGCUGGCGCUGCAGGCGGGCCGUGGGUCGUGGGCCGCAGCAGCUUCCGGUCGCUCAUGGGUGGAGCAGAGGCGGAGUUGGAGCCUUGGAGCGAGGCCACCGUUGCGCCGAGUUCGCUGCCCAUGCCGCCGCCGCUGGCCGCGUUCGAGGGCUCGCCCACCUCGGCGUCUGCAGCGCACACGUCCGCGCCGUCGCACAUCGUCGGCCGCGACGCGCGGCGCUCGGGGGGCGGCGGCAUGGGUAUGCGGGGUGUGGCCGGGCUGCGCGCGUUCGCGGGGCAAGGCCAUGGGCAGAGCGAGACGCCGGUGGCUUCGGGGGAGCUGGGCAGCUGGCAUGAGGCGUUCAGCGAGACCACGGCUGAGCGGGAAUGGCUGGACCACGCGAGGGACCCGCUCGCGCUUCCGCCACUGUCGCCGCUCGAGGAGCAAGAGGCCGCGGCGGGGCGGCUGCCGCCGCCGGCCGCAGGCAUGGUGGGGCGGGCGGCGGAGGUGGUGGGCGUGGUCAACAUGAGCCGGGCGGCUGACGAGCCAGCGGCGGGGACCAGCGCUGAGGGGCCGGUAGUUACGGUGGACCUGGGUGCGGCUGGCGGCACCAGGGAGGUACCAGCAACGCCUGGCAUGGCGUCAGCGCUGAACUCGGCGUCAGCUGCGGACGCCGCGCCGUGGGAGGCGCGCGCCCAGCCGGCGCAGCGAUCGCCGCUGCAGCUGCUGCUGCAGCAGCACCAGGCACGCCUAGCGGCGGAGGACGGCGCGGGCCGGCACCAUGCCGGCACCAUGUCAGGAUGCUCCUCCAACGGCGACCUCGCGGCUCUGACGGCCGCGACAGCGAUGUGCGGCGACGGCAGCAGCGCUGCCGGCUCGUCCGGGCGCUCCUCCCGCCUGCCCACGCCGCCGCGAGGGGCAACGCACGGCAGGCAGCCGCAGCCGUUCGAGGCUCAGGAGGCCGCGUCGGGGUCGGUGUCGGUCUGCAGCCACACCUGCUCGGACCCGCACCACGCGGACCUCCACGACAUGCAUGGCACAACAGCGGCGAAUGGCACACGCGGCGUGGUGGGGAAUGCACAGCACGGAGCAGCGGCUGCGGCCGCGGGGUCAGGGCCCGCCAAGGGCAGUCUUGACUUCGGCGUGCUGGCCACAGCCCAGACGGAGGUGGCCUCGCAGCCCUUCAUCCGCCGCAGCGCCUUGCGCGACUCUUGGGAGGAGGACACGCAGCCACCGGCGCAGCCAGCGCAGCUGCAGCAGCCCAAGCAGCAGCAGCAGCAGCAGGUGUGGCAUGCUAGCAGCCUGUACGCCGUGGCGCCAGCGGCGCCAAGGCAGCAGGAGGCAAGGCGCAGCGGAUCACAUGCGGCCGCGGCUUCGGCCAAGGCUUCGGCUUCGGCUGGGGACGAAGGGGCAGCAGCGGAGCCGGCAGCGGCCGGUGUGGAGGACGACUCUGCCUCGCCGCUGCUGAUGGUGACGUUGAGCAGCAUGCCCUCCAACCUGUCGGAUGACAUGCUGCUGCCGGGCCUGCCGCGCGCCUUCGACGAGUCCGAGGCCAGCCCGCACCAAUCCCCUAUGGCGCGCGGGGCGGCCCUGGCCGCCGCGCACGCCGACGUGGACGCGGCCGCGCCCGUGUCUGGCGGGUCAUUUACGGACCAAGACCUCAGCCCGAAGUCGGCCCAGGAGCAGGAGCUGGAGCAGGAGCAGGAACGGGAGCAGGGCCGCGGUGGGGGCGAAGGGGAGGGCUCCGGGCCGGAGGCUGCAGCAGCACGAAGUGCGGUUGCCAAGUGGCGCAGCAUGCCUGGCACGCCGUGCGAUACCCCGUACGCGAGCUCGCUGGGCAGCGCCGGCAGCUACGCCAGCGCCAACAACAGCGUCACGAGCGCGCAGGGCCUGUGCCUGGUCGCCGCCGCGUUGCACCCGCACCACAACCACCACAGCAACGGUCACCAGCACCGCGACCACCACAACGCCGACGACAGCGCGCCGCGCCUGGUUGACAAUUUCGCGUCCGAGGCCUCCAGCGCCGGCCCGCCCGGCCCUUCGGCGGCGGCUGAAGCCGCAGCGGCGUGCCUGGUCGAGCCUGAGUCGGGCAAUGACGACAUGAGCUCAAUUGAGCCCUCGCCUCAGGUACGUUCGCGCCAGCCGCACCGGCUAGCUAUCGUCGACGCAGAGCUGGACUCGCAGCAGCAGUCUGGGUCCGGCCAAGACCCAAGCAUGGGCGAUGGGCGUGGCGGCACCAGGGGCUGCGGCGUGGGGCCGGGCGUCACCGCGCGGCGGCAGGCGUCCGCGCCGCACGCCAUCGCGGCGGCGGGGCUGCGGCACGCAGGCACGUCCACCUCGCUCACGGCGCCGUCAGAAUGUGCGGCCAGCGACUAUCCCGGCAGCGGCCACGGCGUGGGGUACGCGGGCGCGCCCAGCGACGUGGACUCGGUGGCGAUGGGUGCUGACACGGACAUUUUCACGGGCUCUGGGCCCUCGAUAGUGGGCAGUACGGCGGGCGCGGCUGCUGCUGCUGCGGCUGCGGCGGGCGCGGCACAGGGCUUGCGCGCGCGGCGGCAAGGCAGCGCCGGUGUGGUGGGUGCGCCAGGGUCUGGGCCUGGGGCUGGCGGCGGCGGCGGCGCGGCGGGCGGCCUGACCCGGCGCUGGCGCAGCCGGCUGGCGCUGUGCUCAGCGGCGGCGGAGGGGCUUGAUGACGAGCUGGAUGAGGCGGAGGAAAAUGAAGAUGACGGCGGCAGUGCCGGUGGCGAGUCCUCGGACGUCGCGGAGGUGGCGGCGCACGUGUCUGCGCUCAUGCCGGGGCCGUGCUUGUCCAGGCAGGCGCUGGCGGCUACGCAGGGGGCCAGCCGGACGCGGCGGGAGCUGCUGCGGCGGGAGAAGGGCCACGUACUGCCGCUCGUGUCGGGCGGCAGCAGCAAUGGCCGGGACGAGGGCAGGUGCGGCACGUCCGUUGAUGCGGAGGAGGGCGAGGAGGCGGGCAUGAUCCGCCUCAAGGCGAGCGGCAGCGGGAGCUUGGAGGCGGACGGCGGCCUCCCCAGCCACAUCAACGGCGACUUGCUGGGGCUGCCGUCAGCCUGGGGCCGCGACGCGGCGGAGCAGUUUGUGCACGUGCUGAGCUCCGGCCCUUUGCCUACGGCAGAGCGGGGCCUAGCCUCCCCAGGCGAGGGCGAGGGCGAUGCCGAUGCCGCAGCCGCGGCCAUGCUGGUACACACCGCCAGCAUCUUCACCACCGCUGCCGCCACCGCCAGCGCGCCCUCCUCCGUGGCGUCCUCGCAGCGGCUGCCAAACGUCGGCCAGGGCGGCCUCUCGUCCGGUGCCGGCAGCGGCCCGGGCGGCCUUCCAUCCGGCAUCGGCAGCGGCCCAGCCGGCCUCCCGUCGGGCGGGGGCAGCGGCCGGUACGGCUCAUCCUCGCACUGGCACUCCUCAGUGCUGGGGCCACUGCGCAGCGGCCCGGGCGGCGCCAACAUCGUCGCAGCCGACUUCGUCGCGGCCUUCGGAUCAGUAAUGCCGACGGCGCCGAGCGGCCGCGUGAGCAGCGAGGGCCAGCGCUCGCUGUCGCACCUGUCGAGCGAUAACGUCACAGCCAACUGGCUAUCGCGACUGUCCGCGUCCCACCACCGGGCUAUGUCGCCGGGCCGGGCGCACGGGCCUGCGCAGGUGCAUGCACAGGCGCGGCAUGUGGCGCCGCCCGACUCGGGCACCAGCGGCGUUGCCGCCUCCACCCCAUUCGCUGCGCUCGCCUCGGCUGCCGGCAGCCUACCGCUGCCCGGCGUGCCGCCGUCGCAGCCGGCUUCCAGCGCCGUGCCUGCCGCGGCGGCGCCUGCGGGCGCUACAGGCGCUCAGGCGGGGGCGGCUGCACUGCCACCCGACGAGGCACCCGCCGCACCCGCAGCGCCAGCAACCUACUUGCGCACACCGCUGCUGGCGUCGCUGCUACGGCCGGUGACAGCGGUACUGGCCUCGGUGGUGGGUGGCAGACGCAGCAGCGGCACAGGCACGGGCCGCAGCUGCUCCGGCGCCGGAAAGAAGAGCUCGCGGGCGGCAUCCUUGGCUGCGGACGGCGCGACGCCGGCGACCGGGCGUGGCAGCAGCGUCGACAGCAUGUUUGUGAACGUUGGGGACGCGGCGGCCGCGGGCGCAGCUAUCCGGACGUCUGAGGCAGCGCCAUCCUUACCGUCAGCACGCGGCAGUGCGGCGCGGGGAAGCAUCGAGGCGCACCCUGUGAUGUUUGACUCGGACCCUCACGACAGCCACCCUACCACGGGGGAGGCAGGCCUCGCCUCGCCGGCCACCACCGCUCACGGCGAGCUCAGCAGUAGCGAAGCCGUGCCUGCCGCAGCACAGUGCCGCAGCACCACUACUAGCAUGGACCGCGGCUCGCGACUGGGUGCCUUCGGCAGCCCCUGCCUCGACGGCGCAGGGUCCGCCAGCCUUGGGCACAUGGCCUUAGCAGCUGCAGCCGUCGGAAACCGUGCCGCCAUUGUCUCCCCGACUGCAGCUGCCAGCGCGUCUGGUUUCCAGGCUGGUGGUGCGGCAGCAGCAGGAUCGGCAGCAGCAGUGGUGGCGGCGCCGCAGGGCCGCCAUUCACUAAGUGGGCCACAGCUGCAUGCUGGCUCUGUGGCGGCAGCAGGCGUCGUGAGCCCCUUCGCGGCCUCAGCGGGGUUGCCAUCGCAGGUAGAGCGCCCUUCGUUGGAGAAGUCGUCGGUGGCGGUCGUGGCGGCUGCCGCUGUCUCCAUGUCUGCUGCCAACGGCGCACUGCAGGGCCCGGCCGCGGGCCCAGCGGCAGGAGCAGCGGCUGCGCCGCAGUCCGCACUCGUGGCGGCCAAGUGGAAAGCGCUGUCCUGGGCGCGCGGCAGUCCCUCGGCUGCCGAGGCGGCGGCCGCCGCCGUCACGGCAGCACGCGGCGCCUUGCCCAACGCCCUGGUCGUGGCUAUGGCGUCAGCAGCGUCAGGCGUUGACGGCGACGCAGACGACCUUGUGGGUGAGCGACUGGCCAUGCUGCUAGACGGCAGCGGCCGCCGGUCCCUGGCAGUGGAGCGCCGGCCGGCGGCGCACGACGUGGGCGACGACGGGGGUGUCGGUGCGGGCCGAGGCGCCGGGCCGACGCGGCUGGGGCGGGUGGCGGAGGCGCCCGGCAGCGCGUACGAGCCCGGCCCGGCGCCGCACAACUCGCGGCGCAGUGUGGACAUCCCGUGGUCCGUGUGGCGCAGCGGCGCCGCACCCACGCCGCAGUUUGAGCAGGUGGGCGGCGGCGCCGCCGCCGCCGGCCACCGCCGGGGGCCGGAGUACCCAGCCCUGGAUGAUGGCGAGGCGAGCCACAGCGACGUUGUGCUGGAGGAGGGGGCGGACGGACUGGCCGCAGCGCAGCAGGCGCUGCUGCAGCAGGGCAGCGCGUGGCGUGCUGCCGCGAGCGCGCCGCCUGCGCCGGGCAUGCUGGCAGCUGCGAGAGCGAACAGCCGCCGCAGCGUCCUCAGCAACGGCAGCGCCGGCGGGGCGUCGGCGUCGGGCGGCCGGCCGCGGCGCAGCCGGCCGGCGUCGGUGCUCGGCGGCGGCGCCGCAGGCGGCGUGCAGGAGGGCGAGGACGAGUUCAGGGAUGCGAUGGAGGACGCCAGUCAUGAACGUGCGCUCAUGGUGAUUGGCAGCAGCAGCCGGAAAAACGCGGGCGUUGCCGCCGCCGGCGAUGACACCACAGGCGAGCUGGCUGAGGAGUUGUUGGGCGAGGAGCGGGAUCCUGAGGACGAGCACGAUGGCGAUGCGGACGAGCGCGGCCGUGACUAUGACGGUUAUGACGGCUACGAUGAGUUUUACGACGGCGACGAGAACGGGUUUGGCACGCCUGGCCGGCCGCGCGUGUCGGGCGAGGGCGCGCUCGGCUACGGCGAGCUCGGCGGCGCCGCGUCCGGCGGCCUCGACGGCAUGGGUGGCAUGGGCGGCGGCGAGCACCACGGGGAGGGGGGCGAGGAGGAGGAGGCGGUGGACGUGCCCAGCAGCACCAGCGUGCUGGUGGAGAAAUGGGGCGGCGCGCAGGUGCGCGACUGGCUGGUGCGCGUGGGCCACGGCGAGCUGGCGGACGGCUUCGAGGAGCAGGGCAUCACAGGCCGCGCGCUGUGCGGGCUGAUGCGGGUCAUGAAGGGCGGCGGCGGCGCGGCAGUGGUCCGCGACAUGCUGCGUGACGAGCUGGGCGUGCGCGGCUUGGCGGCGCAACUGGAGCUUCUGGAGGAGCUACACAAGCUGUUCGACUGAUGAGGGGCCACGAGGCGAGCGAUGGGGAGGAAUGCGGGAGGGAAGGAGUGUAUCGGGUAAUGGAAGAAGCACUGGGCUGACGCCGUCCAGCUGGUGGGGACGGCGCCACAGUCAGCACGGCGCCACUUCAGCAGCAGUACCGAACUUGGGUGCGUUUGAUACAGUGUAGCAUUUGGUGGGGCAUCGGCAUGGAGAGAGCGUUGGCUGCUGCAGCGUCCUGCGGCGGCAGCGAGCAGAGCGGCAGCAGGCCGCAUUGGGCAUUACAGAGAGAACCCAGGCAGUAUGUCACGUGAAUCGAGCACUCCAGCAGGCAUGCGCAUGCACAGCUGACAGGCUACAUAGACUCGGCAGCGGUUGAAGUGGCUUGUUCUCGAGCAGGUCGACACCGGCAUCGCAUUCGGCAUCGGACACGUGCCUGCUAGCUGGCCUUCCCGGUGCCGUGGUGCGGUCACAAGGCCCUCAGUAGGUGGCAGGCUUGAGGAGGGCAUGCCAGCAUGGGGCAUAGCGGCGGGCAUCGGGCUCGCAACUAGUGUAGGCGCUACUAUGUGGGGUACAUUUGCAUCACUAUGUUACAUCACCCCAUUAAUAUAUGCGUUAUGAGUCCAGGAGGUACGAUGGCACUGUCGUUUGAGGAGGGUACAUACGAAUGAGUUUGGAUGCCGGGAGCUUUAAAUGCGCACGCCUAGGGUCAAGCACGAACUGUUCAAGGUUUGGAGGCUCCGUUGAGAGGGCGCCGAAAGAUGCGCAACCGGCAGGGGGACGCGGGGGUCUGACGUGGAUGCCUUAGAGCGAGCGACGGUUUGAGCACUGAGAACGGCUUUCAGUCGUGCCAAUGACCAAAGCAUAGAGUAUGUUUGCAUGUUAACUGAGCGGGCAGCCGCUGGCAGCAGUGGCUGUCAUAGGGCAUUAGCCUCGUGCUGUAGACAACGGCCGGCGAGUAGACAUAGUCAGGUAGCUGCAAGUGUGUGGGGUGCGGUGGGCAAACGCAGAGGCCAGAGGGUGCGUUCACAGUUACCGGUAACCGGUAGUACUGGUGGCCAUCACAUGUGUGGUGUCAUCGCCUCCGCUCUGUUAGCUUGUUAGUGUGACCUCCUUGGGGAUACCUCGGGGCAAAAACAGUUCGGAUGGUGCAGUGUGAGCAAGUUGGAACCCUCGGAUCCAUACAUGGUAGUCGCCUAUCCGCGCUUUGGUAGCAGCUUUGCCUUUGUGGCUGUGGUUGAUGGCGCGCCAUUCUUGCACUGGAGAAUACACCGCAUUAUAUGUAUUGCUCUUGGUUCCCCAUAUCUCGAAGGAGAUGGUGCAAGAGACGAGAAGGCACGGGCACGCUGGUUCUGUCCCAGCUGUAAUGGACGAGCCGG